AAAGGGUUAGGAUGUUGUGGCUCACAUGUUAGCUGGAAAUCGUGGCUCAAAGACUUAAUAUCAAACUGCCUAUGACUUAGGAUGAUGAUUUCUAUUGUGACUGGAUGACUUCUGAUGAUGAUUUAUUUUCUGUUCUUCAUGCUAUGAGAAAUAAUCCUGGGUUGAGUCCUUAAUUAACUGACUAAACAUUCUUUAUCACAAUGACAAUGGUGCACUGUUAUCUGGUUCCUUAUGCUGGCUAUUGGCCAGCCCGCCCUUUUCUUGCAAUGACAUACUAGACAGAGAUGGUCUUCAACACUUUGCAUCUUCACACUGUGCACCUUAAGCAAUACAGCACCGAACACCGUGGGUUAGUUGUUACAGUAUCAUCCAGUGUGAUCUGUGACCUGGCGCCAUGGUGCUGAAGAUUUUCUUUCCCCAAUGCUGCAACAUGGCAGACAGCGGCCUCCUCAUUGGCCACUGGCUCCCGGGUCAGGACUCGGCCGUGGUCCUGGCUGUUGUCCACUACCCCUUCAUCCCGGGACAGGUGAAGAGGUACCUGAGCCAGCUGCAGAAUGAGAGCCGAGUGGAGCUCGCCGUGCUGGGCUCCUGGAGUAUGCCUAAGGACGGGCAGGAGGGGAUGGAGAGCUUCCUGAAGGACCUGAGCACCAUCUUCCCCCAGGGCCGCUGGCUGCAGCUCAGCCGGGAGAUGGGCCAGAGGGGCUUCACCUGCCACGUGGUCCAGAGGGAGGGCACGCUUCUUGGAGAUGAGGGCGACAAAUGCAACGGUGAAAACGGAGAUGGGGGAAGGGUCAUCUUCAUCCACUACGACCAGCGCAAGGUCAUGCUGUCCCAGCUCCACACGCUCGAGGCCGGGGCCGGGGCCGGGGCCACUGUGACCGGGGCGGGGCCGUCGGAGCUUCGCCUGGUUUUCUCGACGGUGGCGCAGAGCCAGCCGCUCUUCCACACUGACAAGUACGACGACGGGCCCCUGAAGCUGACGCACUGGCAGUCGGAGGGCCGGGAGGGCAGCAUCAUCGUGGAGCUGGCCAAGCAGGCCUCGGUCCCCCUCUGCCUCCUGCUCACCUGGCUGCUCUCUCUCUGGACCUGGCUCUGUGGCAUCAGGCUCCUGAACCUACAGCCGGUGCGUUUUGUGUCCAGUAAGUUGUCCACCUGUGUGCAGCUGAGCUACAGGACAGAGCACCUUCAGACCGUGAGCUCUCCCAAAAAAGCUUUGGGCCACGCAGAGUUCAUGAGAAAGGCCAACAUCUUUGUGUCCUUCUUUGUGGACGUGGCUCUGGGCCUGCUCCUCAUCUCCUGGCUCUAUCAGGAGAACCGGAUUAGCCUCCUCGCUAACACGCUGGUGCCCGUGGCUGAUCAUGUCGCCCAGGAGCUCCAGGAGCUGCUGAAGUGGCUGAUGGGAGCGCCAGCUGGGCUUAAGAUAAACAGAGCUCUGGAUGAAGUGCUUGGGCGAUUCUUCCUCUACCACAUCCAUCUGUGGAUCAGCUACAUCCACCUGAUGUCUCCCUUCAUUGAGAUGAUCCUGUGGUACGUGGGUCUCUGUGCAUGCCUGGGGUUGACCUUUGCCCUCUCUGUGCUGUCGGACAUCGUAGCCCUGCUCACCUUCCACAUCUACUGCUUCUACGUGUACGGAGCCAGGCUGUACUGUCUGAAGAUCUACGGCCUGUCCUCUCUCUGGCGCCUGUUCCGGGGGAAGAAGUGGAACGUCCUACGGCAACGCGUGGACUCCUGCUCCUACGACGUGGACCAGCUGUUCAUUGGAACUUUGCUGUUCACCAUCCUGCUGUUCCUGCUGCCAACGACCGCUCUGUAUUACCUCGUUUUUACUCUGCUGCGCCUGGUGGUGGUCCUGUUCCAGGGGUUGAUUCACCUGAGCGUGGACUCCAUCAACUCCUUUCCCCUGUUCGCCAUGGGCCUGAGGAUCUGCCAGCCCUACAGACUGGCAGAGGGCGUCAAAUUCCGGGUGCUGUGUGAGGAACCUGGCAAACCCCUGCACCUAUUGAUGGAGAUUAACCCCCUGAAGUUUGGCUCUGUGCUGCAGUGGUACAGAACUCCCACCUACAGCUGCUACCCCAAGGACUCUUGGGUAGCCCUGUGCAAGAAGCUGUUUGUGGGGGAGCUGGUCUACCCCUGGAAGCACAAGAGCACCAAGAAGACGGACUGAGUCCAACAGGGCCGUGCAGGGAAAACUGAAGAUGAGCUCACCGUUCAGGAAGCUGAGUAUUCAGGGUGGGAGUCGUGUGGGUUUAGGGUAUGAGCACGCUCCAUUACCUUUGGUAUGAGACCACACGUUGAGCUGAAGCCGACACUGUGAAAACAUCCCGCACUCUCAGCGGUACAGCAGGAAACUGCAGGCAGCCAUUGCAGUUGGUCUGUACGGCCUGAGAAUUUCGUUUUCUCACACAGGGAGCUGUAGCCCAGGCCUGCACUGAUUCAAGCGGGUACACUGUCUUAUCUUUACAAAUUGUUUAUAUUUAUAUGAAUGUAUAGUAAGUAUAUUGUUUAAAACAGAGUUCCUAGUUUAAUGUCGCAGAGUAUACGGCAUAUUAUAACAAAUGAUUGUGUCAGUAGAAAGGGAGUAAUUCACCUUUGUGUUGUAUAUUUUGGUCAUUUUAAAGUAUAUUCCUUAGAUUUUUCGGUAUUGAUAUUUGGGCAUUUUAACCUGUGUGUAUUAUUCAUUUGAUUUUAAUCUUUAAAUAAUUAACCUUUUCCAAAAAUUAAACUGCUAAUGAAGUCUUACUUUCUUACUUGUCUAUGUCUAAGGGGCAUUUUAAUGUAAUAGGUUAAACUGGUUAUUUUAAGUAAUAGUUGAUGCGUCCGGUAUUUAUUUGUAGUAUAGAUGUCUGUUUUUCCUAUGCCAAUAAAGAGUUUGUACUUUCAAAUAAAAAUGUUUUUUGUGCCAAA